AUAAAAGUAUAAGGUCAUAGGUCACUAUAACGACCAAUCAGACGGUCCCACGACGGACUAGUCCAAAGUAGGAAGUUGUGAUGUGUGAUUUCGACUAGUGUGCCAAGAUGUCUUGGGAAACGUUGGGCGUUUAUCGCCUGCUGUCUUCGAUUCCUCUGGUUGUCAUCAUCGUGAAUCUUCAGUACGAAGGGUCAGAAGGAGGAGCUAACCCUCAGGAGAUCGACCAGCACCUGAAACUGGGAACGCAGCUGCUUUCAGCUGGCCAGUUGGCAGAUGCAUUGUCACACUUCCAUGCAGCUAUCGAUGGUGAUCCUGACAACUACCUGACAUACUUCAGGAGAGCCACUGUGUACCUUGCCAUGGGCAAGUCCAGGCAAGCACUACCUGACCUGUCUAGGGUCAUCCAACUCAAGCCUGACUUCACUCAGGCACGGGUUCAAAGGGCUAAUGUAUACCUGAAGCAAGGCAAGCUAAAUGAUGCAGAGAAUGACUAUAUGGAAGUGUUGAGAGUAAGCCCAAAUCAUGAAGAUGCAAAAACACAGCUGGGAUUCAUCGAGCCCAUCAGAGAAGCCGUACAGGAGACAGAUGAGAUGAUGACACAAGGAAGGUGGAAUGAGGCAAUCCAGCUAUUGACAGUUGCCAUUGAUAAAUGCGUCUGGGAUCCGUCGUUGAGAGAAAAGCGUGCACAGUGCUACAUGGAGAUCGGAGAACACUUCAAGGCCAUCAAUGACAUCAAACCCACCACCAAGAUGAGGCCAGACAACACGGAGGCCUACUUCAGAGUCAGCAAGAUGUACUAUGAUGUAGGGGAGCUGGAGGAUUCACUGACAGAGGUCCGAGAGUGCCUUAAACUUGACCCAGACCACAAGAGCUGCUUCCCCCACUACAAACAUGCCAAGAAGCUGAACAAGCUGUACAACUCUGCACAGAACUUCAUCAACGAGGGGAGAUAUCAAGAAGCGAUAGUCAAACUUGAGGCCGCUUUAGAAGCCGAGUCUCAGAUAUGGGCCUUUGUCUUAAAAGCCAGGUCCAAGAUUUGUAGAUGUUAUGCUAAGUUGAAAGAUGUCCCACAUGCCAUUAAGAACUGUGCAGAAGUGUUGGAAAUGGAUGAGAACAACAUUGAAGCACUGGUGGACCGAGCAGAGACGUACAUAUUGGCAGAGGAGUUUGAAAGAGCUGUUGAAGAUUACCAGAAAGCACACGACAUCGACAACAACCUCAGACAUGUCACAGAAGGCUUGGAAAAGGCCAAGAGGCUCCUCAAACAAUCACAAAAGAGGGAUUAUUACAAAAUACUGGGGGUCAAAAGAAAUGCAAGAAAGAGAGAAAUAGAAAAGGCCUACAGGAAGCUGGCAGCUGAGUGGCAUCCGGAUAACUUUAGAUCAGAAGAGGAGAAAAAGAUAGCAGAGAAAAAGUUUAUAGAGAUAGCAGCUGCAAGAGAAGUAUUAGCAGAUCCUGAAAAACGGCAAAAGUUUGACAAUGGUGAGGACCCCCUGGACCCAGAGGAGCAGCAACGCAGGCAGAACCCCUGGGGUCAUCAGGGGUUCCACUUCAACCCGUUUGGGCCGGGGGGAGGAAACGGAUUCAAUGGAUUCAAGUUCCACUUCAACUAGAGAGAAGCGAGAGAAGUUUGACAAUGGGGAGGACCCCCUGGACCCUGAACAGCAGGGGGGCGGGCACAACCCCUGGGGAAACCAUGGCUUCAACUUUAACCCCUUCGGAGGACAGGGCUUCAACUUCAAGUUCCACUUCAACUGAACAAGCUACCUGCAAAAUUUGUACAACGUCAUCCUCGUAAUAUCAAUGUCAGGGCUCGAAAUUUGUGGAUUAGGUGCACUGGUGCACUGUUGCACAUAACUUAGACAUUCAGAUGCAGCGAAAAAAAUUGCGGUGCACAAUCUAAUUAUAAGUUUUGUCAGUUCCAGAGCUGAAAUCUGAAAUUCUAUGGCUAGCUUUAAAUAAUUGAUUCAAGAAACAGGCUUUGGCAUUUUUUUACAGUUCAAUGUGAAAAAAAUGGUAUGUUUUAUAGUGCACAACUGUUACAGCACGUAAACUGACACAUAGCUAAGUGCACCAGUGCACCCAUAGUCAAAAAUUAGGUGCACAGAUCCAAUUUUAGGUGAAUGCACACCAGUAUUUCGAGCCCUGUAUGAACAUGACAAAGUAUCAUCCUUUAUUCAUUUUAUCCACCGCCACUUAUGUUUAGACAUGGCUUCAAUAGUUAUAUUCUAUCUCAAAAUUGGCAAACUAAAGAGAGAAAUAGCAUCUUCUGUCUAAAUAUCACACCGCCGGUAUCUGAUCUUUCAUUUGCUUGAACAAUUAACUUCUUGUAAAUCCAACCAUUGUUAGGAAUGUCUGUGUACUUUUGAAAGAGCCCACUAUAAUUAUUUCUUCAGUCUUUUGUCCUAACUUAUGAUUCUUCUUUGUUGUCUUAAUUUAGAAUGUUGUGUCCCUUGUGUAAUUUCAGUUGAUAUAAGAAGAGAGAUUUAAUGACAAGUAUGUACAAACUCUAAUCAGGUCUUGCAUAUGUGAUUAUUUUUCAGCCUGGUAAUGAAAUAAAAGAAAGGUGCUACGUGUGCAA